AUGCAAAGUGGCCUGUGCUUGCCGUUCAGCCCUGUCCUGUCCUCCAACCAUGUCAUGUACCCUGCCGCCAGCAAGCAAGCAAGCAAUUCACCCCCACCAUUAAAAGUACCUGACUUGCAACUUGUCGCUGUUGCCGGUGGCACCGACUGCCCCAAAGAGGCUGAAAUCAGUUCGCUGGCUGCCCUAAUCGGCUGGAGCUUCCUCAUCGGCGUGCUUCUCAAUUGGACCUUACACGGUUCCGCUUCAUUGUCGUCACCCAAAUUCAGCGACCCAGCUUCUCUUUGCAGCCAUCAUCUUUUCUCCGAAAACCCAUUCUCCUCAUUUACCUACGACAGAAUGGGUCCCACGGAGCAACAGUCGCACUUCAAGAAGAUCCAGAAUUUCAAGGCCGACUACGCCGAUGCAGAAUUCACCCAAUAUGAAUCUCAGCGCACGGGCAUGAGAGUGGUGACAGUUGACAGGAAAGGUCCCAAAGUAUACGGAUACUUCGCUGUAGCUACCGAGAUCCACGAUGACUCUGGAUCGCCUCACACACUCGAGCAUCUAUGCUUCAUGGGCUCACGGAAGUAUCCUUACAAAGGUGUUCUCGACAAAUUCGCCACCAGAGCCUACUCAGAUACAAAUGCUUGGACCGAUACUGCCGAAACAGUGUAUACUUUGACGACAGCCGGCUGGGAAGGAUUUGCUCAGAUUCUGCCCGUCUAUUUGGAUCAUCUAGUAGUUCCUACGUUGACUGAUGAGGGAUGCUACACAGAGGUGCACCAUGUGGAUGGGUCAGGCCACGAUGCAGGUGUAGUUUACUCGGAGAUGCAAGGUCGUCAGAACCUCCCCAUGGACCUCAUGGAUCUUGAGAUGCGCCGGCUUCUCUAUCCAGAAGGCAGUGGUUUCCGCGCAGAGACUGGAGGGCUCAUGGAGAAUCUGCGAAUCCUGACCCCCGAGCGGAUUCGACAGUUUCACAGGGACAUGUACCAGCCCAAAAACCUCCGGCUCGUGCUGAUAGGAGAGGUGGAUCACGCCAAUCUCCUUGAUGUACUUGACAAGUUCGAGGAUGAUAUUGUGGAUAAAGUCCCAGCUUACGAUGCUCCCUUCAAGCGACCAUGGGUCGAUUCGCCAAUCACACCUCCGCUGGGAAAGAGCACAAUCAAGGUCGUCGAAUUUCCUGAGGACGACGACUCUACUGGCGAAAUUCAGAUCGGUUUCCUUGGCCCGCCUUCUGUUGACGAGAAGCUCGAGACAGCAUUAAAUACGCUCAUGAUGUAUCUCUCGGGAUCAUCUGUAUCUGUGCUCGUGAAUACUUUGGUUGAGAAGGAGCAUCUCACCAGCAUGGUUUACGGCUCUGCCCAAAAUCAUUAUCACCAGUUGAUCACGUUCACUCUAACCAGCAUAGCGACGAGUAAGUUGGAGACAACAGAAAAGCGAUUCUUCGAGAUUCUCAAAGAGCACACAUCCAAGCCACUUGAUAUCGACUACAUGAAAGAUUGCUUGCGCCGAUUCAAGCGCCAGUGUAGGUUUGUGGCCGAAAUUGGCAACGACGAAUACAAAGAUCCUAUCAUCAAGGAUCACAACUAUGGCAAUCGCGACGGAUCCGACCUCAAAAGCUCGCUUGAAUCUUUGAGUGUUUUCGACGAACUGGAAGAGUGGUCGGAAGAGGACUGGCGCACAUUCCUCAAGAAGUGGAUUGUAGAUGCUCACCAUGUCUCUAUUCUUGGCAAGCCGUCGGUUGAACUCGCGGAGAAGCAGAAGGCUGACGAAGUUGCUCGUGUCAAGGCGCAACAAGAGAAGCUUGGUGAAGCCGGAUUAAAGGAAAAGGCGGAGCAGCUCAAGAAAGCAACCGAUGAGAAUGACAAGCCGAUACCGAAUGACAUCCUGUCCCGACUAAAGGUUCCCGGCACCGAGUCGAUUCACUUCUUCAAGACAGAAACCGCACGUUCAGGUCUUGCGAAGAAACUUGGAAGCGUGGAGAACAAGAUCCAACAAAUCAUCGACAAAGACGAGAACGGCCUUCCCCUCUUCGUCCACUAUGAGCACAUCCCAACCUCGUUCGUGCAUUUUGGUGUAGCACUGGGAACCGCUGCAGUGCCAACGGAGCUCAAGCCUCUUUUGGGAGUCUAUCUCAGCAACUUUUUCACAACACCCAUCAUGAGGAACGGCAAGAGAAUCGAGUUUGAGCAAGUGAUUACUAGUCUGGAACAGGAUACUAUUCAAUACUCUCUGGAUCGCGGCACUGAUAUUGGCAACUCGGAAAUGGUCUAUACUCACUUCGUGGUCGAAGUUGAGAAAUUCGCUACAGUUGUUCAAUGGCUUGCAGACUUGCUUGUCAAUUCAAUCUUUGAUACGGAGCGCCUUAUCGCUACCGUGAAGAAGAUGCUUGCUGACGUUCCAGAUGAGAAGCGAGAUGGCGAUAGCAUGGCAUUUGCUGUAGAUCGCAUGAUCCACUACGAUGCUGCUUCAUCCGUCCGCGCAACCACGACUCUCGUCAAAGCCUCCUACCUCAAGCGCAUCCUCAAACUCCUCAAAACCGAACCUCAAACCGUCAUAGACAAACUAGAGACGCUUCGCAAGAGCAUCAUCACCUUCUCCAAUCUCCGCAUUCUUGCCAUCGCCAAUUUCGAAACCCUCCAAUCUCCCGUCUCGACCUUCAAAAUCCUCACCGACGCCAUCAAGCCCGGCCCCGAACCAACCAUCAAUCCCAUCGACGAGCGCAAGAAUGUCCUGUCUGAUCUCGGAAGACAGCCCGGUGGCUCCUCCUACGUCGUACCUAUGUCCAUUGACUCCUCCUUCGCGGUCCUCACAGCCCGAGGCCCAGAUUCCUUCCGCCACCCACAGCUCCCAGCCCUCAUGGUCGCCAUCGCGUAUCUCGACGCUGUUGAGGGCCCCAUGUGGACAGCCAUUCGCGGCACGGGUCUCGCAUACGGCACAAACUUCUUCCGCGACUUCGAGUGCGGGCUUCUCAAGUUCCACAUCUACAAAUCUCCAAAUGCUUUCUCCGCGUUCGAGGCUGCGAAGCGCCAGGUCCGCGAGUAUGGCGACGGCACCAAGCCGCUCGAGCAACUCGCUCUCGAGGGCGCCAUCAGCUCCAUCGUGCGCGAGUUUGUGGAUAAGAAGGCGGAUAUUGUGGAUGCGGCGCGGCAAAGCUUUAUCGAUCUUACUAUCAAGAGCGUCGGCGCCGGGUGGAGCGAGUGGAUGCUCGCUGAGGUGCGCAAGGUCGAUGAGCAGCAGGUGCGGAGCAUCAUGACUGAUGUCCUUGCUGCUGUGUUUGAGCCUGCUUCUGCGGACUUGGUCGUCACGUGUGGUAGUACUAUGACUGAUGAUCUGAAGAAGAACUUCGGAGAAGCGGGAUUCAAGGUCCAGGUCAAACAGCUUGCGGAUUUCCAGGAAGCGUAUGGGCUUGAAGGCGAGGAGGAAGAGGUCACUGAUGAAGAUGAGGAUGAGGAGGAUGAGGAUGACGACGAGGACGAGGAGAUGGAGGGAUAA